UGUAAAAUGGAAUUUCCCCCAAAAAUAAAGACAAUGAUCUAGUAUUAGAUUUUAAUAGCUCAAAACAAAGUCCAAUAAAUUUUUGAUAUCUAUUUUUUUUCUAUAUUUAAUUUCAACCUGAAUGGUAGUCGAGUUAUAUCAUACAAAUAUCACGCGUUUUUUUAAUUACGUAUGAGACGAAGGCAAACAAAAGAGUAGUGGAAAUACAGAAGUAUUUAAAUGAGAUCUCCAGCAGACGAAAAUCAUUAGUCGAAAAAAUUGUCAACAAACUGCUGUUAAAAUAAAAAAUCAUAAUGAUUGAAAGUAAGUCGUUUUUCUUUUUUAAAUUAAAUUAAAUAUCAUUUCUUUUAUUAUUUAUUUAAAUAAUUUAUUGUGUAUUUUUUUUUUUACAGAAAUAACAGCAGCAGUUUUGUUGCUGAUAACAUUGCAAGGUGUUUUAGGAGAAUCACAAUCCAUACAAAAAAGUGCCAAUGAAUUUUCCAUGAAUCUUUACAAGGUAUGAAAAAUUCAAUUUUCGUUUAUUAAUUUUAUCUUGAAAUGAAAUUUUUAAAAAUGUAAAUUUCUUUUUUUUUUCAACAGAUAUCAAACAAAGACCGAGUCGCAAAUGAAAAUAAGAAUCUGGGUAUUUCAGGUUUCAGUGCUUAUGUGGUAAUGUUGAUGAUGUACAAUGGAGCUAAUGGACUUACUGAGGAUCAAUUGCAAUCAGGACUUUUCUUGAAAAAUUCAUCACUAACAACACGUGAAAUAAUGAAUACAGACCAAAAAAAUCUCAUUGAAAGAAUCACAGUAAGCGUUUGUUUUUUAAUUACAAAAAAAAUCAUUUUAAAAGCUGAUUUAAAAUAAUAAUAAUUUUUAUUUCUACAGUCAGAUACAGAGAGUAAAUUAUUCCUGGCAAAUAAAAUUUUUGUGGACGAUAGUAUAACACUCAAACCAGAAUUUAAAAAUGUAAUUGAAUCAAAUUUUAAAUCAGUUCCUGAAAAUGUUAAUUUUGAAGCAUCAAAUAAUGCCAGUAAUAUUAUAAACAGUUGGAUUGAGAAAGAGACCAAUUCAUCUAUCACUCACGUCGUUAAUCCAGGUUACUAAUGACUUUGUUUUUCAUCAUCAUUAUUAUUUUAUUUUAUCAAUUUUUUUGUUAAUUUAUUUUUGUACCCAGGUGAUUUUAGCUCAGACACAAAAGUCGUUCUUGUCAAUGCAAUUAAUUUCCAAGGAAAAUGGUUGUAUCAAUUUGAUGCUUCUUCGACAAGUUCACAGCCAUUUAAUCUUGGAAAUGGAGUUACUAAAAAUGUUCCAACUAUGAGAAGACGUAUGCUUUGUAAAUUUGGACCACUCUCUAAUGUUGAUGCUGAUUUUAUAAUAUUCCCAUUUCAGGAUGAACACACUGUCAUGAUGGUAAUUCUUCCAGAAGAACAAUCAGGGGUUGACCAUGUUUUACGUAAUUUACACAACGUAAAAGUUAAGAAUAUUAUGAGAGAUACAGAAAAAACGAACCUAGAUGUAUCUAUACCAAAAUUUAAAAUUGAAACAGAAACAAAUCUUAUUGAACCAAUGAAAAAACUUGGCAUGACUGAUAUGUUUUUGGAUUCAGCAAAUUUUUCAAGAAUUUCUAAUGAUCGACUUGCUGUUGAUAAAAUUAUACAAAAAGUCAAUAUCGAGGUGAAUGAAUUGGGCUCUUCAGCAACUGGUGCAACUGCUUUGUCACUCGAGAGUAGAUCAAUGGCUGAAGAAUAUCAAAUAAAUCGUCCAUUUUUAUUUUUGAUUGUUACAAAAGGUCUCGUUAUAUUCAGUGGUGUAAUCACUGAUCCAAGUCACAUAUAAACUCAAUUAUUUUGCAAUAUAAAUACUAAAUUAAAAUAUAUAAAAAAAUACAUAUAUA